UCCUUCUCUCCCAGUACUUCGCCGAUGACGAUAUUUCUCGUACCUUACGGUUAGCUGAUCGGAGUCCGUCGAUCCUACUAACUUUAAAUUAAAGAAAAGAAAAAGGAGGGACAAAUUGAAGGGAAAUAGGUCAUGAGGUCUUCGACGGAGAGAAUAAACAUAGCGGCGAGCGCGCGAAAACUCGAGGUUGAUAACCGGAUCUCUCUCCAGUAUUACUACCGGAUCGCCGACAAUAUUCUCAAACAGGCUGAUAUCUUUCGAGCAGAGAAGAAUAUUAUAGAUCUCUACAUCAUGCUUCUAAGGUUUUCUAGUUUGGCUUCUGAGACAAUACCAUGCCAUCGAGAUUAUGGAGUAUCUCUACGAAAUCAAAAGGUUUAUUUCAAAAAGAGACUAGUGAAUGCCUUGACUGAGCUAGAGGAUCUGAAGCCACAGGUGCAACAAAAGAUCAAUGAAUUAAACAAAAGAUAUACUUAUCAAAGUAAUUCAGUACAGCAAUCUCUGGUGAAAAACCAAAAUUUGACAUACUAUGGUGUGACAAAGGCAGUUAGACCAGCUGCACGGGAGCUUGGUUAUUAUGGUUCAAAAACUCAGCAACUUUCAUAUUCCAAACCAAUGGAAGGGCAGAGAAUGUCGUUAAACCUGUUGCGUCCAAAGGAGGAAACCCUCUCCAGACAUUCUAUUUUGGGUCCAAAUGGGCUUUAUGGGCAGUGGCAGCCACCUAGGAUUGAUAAAGGGGUGAAAUAUCCAAGUAACGUUGAUCUGACUUCGGUGGAAAUCCCAAGUUUGCAGCAGCCUACAGAAAAUGAACUUCCAGGGAAGAAUGAUUGUAGCAACUCAGAACCUGUAGCAUCAAGCGUGGAAUCAACUCUUACCAUUGAUGAUCAUGUUAAUAGUGAGAAAAGUCACGUGGAUGAACCUUGUCCUAUGAUUUCUUUUGAAGAACCAGAAACUGCUCCUGCUCAUAAUAAUAUUACCAGACAGCCUUCACCUCCUCCCGUGCUUGCAGAAGUACAAGACUUGGUUCAUACUAUCCAUGCCUCCAAGACAGAUUGUACAAUAGAGAAUCCCUCUGCAGAUGGUCUUGUUCAUUCUGAAUCUCCCCUUGAGUUGCACAUUGCAACCACAAUGAUGGAAAGCUUCAUGAAGCUGGCUAAAUCAAAUACUGAUAGGAAUUUAGAAACUUGUGGGGUUCUUGCAGGUUCCCUUAAAAAUAGAAAGUUCUAUGUUACAGCUCUUAUUAUCCCAAAGCAGGAAUCAACAUCAAACACGUGUCAAACGACAAAUGAGGAAGAAAUAUUUGAAGUGCAGGAUAAGAAAUCUCUCUUCCCUCUGGGUUGGAUUCAUACACAUCCUACUCAAUCAUGUUUCAUGUCAUCAGUUGAUCUUCAUACUCACUACUCAUACCAGAUUAUGUUGCCAGAAGCUGUUGCGAUAGUAAUGGCUCCAACAGAUAGUAAAAGAAAACAUGGGAUUUUUCGUUUGACAACUCCGGGUGGCAUGUCGGUCAUCAGACAGUGCCAGCAACGUGGUUUUCAUCCACACAAUCCACCGCCUGAUGGGGGCUCCAUCUAUGAUUCGUGUACAGAUGUGUACAUGAAUCCGAGUGUUAACUUCGAGGUCAUUGAUCUCCGAUGAUGAUAAUCAUCAUCAAUCAUGGCAGCUGGAUGGACAUGUUUUGGAGAUGCAUUUACCAUGCUCAUACUGUUACCAGCAAUUCCAAACUGCCAGCUGCAUAUAUAUAGAAGAUAAAGAACUGUGGGGUACCAAACUGUGUGAUUAAUUCCAAGUUGAAUUGGAAAAGAAAAAGAAAUUAAGAGACGACUGGAGUCCAUUCUUUGUAUGCAUUAAACAUGAAAAACUUAUGAUCAAUUCGAAGUUGAAUUGCAGACUUGUAAUGGUAGUCCGCGUUUAGUGAAAAGCCAUUAGAAU